CUAAACUAAACGCUGUCGUCCUUUGUAACAUUCGACGCCUAGGUAGAAAGAAACCCUAGACUUCCUCCCGAAAUCCGAUCGAGCAAGAGGAGCGGCCAAAAUAUGCUGAGAGUCGCGGGAAGAAGGUUAUCUUCUGCAUUUUGGAGGCCGUGCGCAUCCCCUGCCUUAUCUGUUACGAGAAAUCCAAGCCCAGGAGACAAGUCGGGUGAUGGUUGGGCUCCGGCGGCGGUAAUACCCCCGCGUCUGGCUCCCAAAGGUGAUUUUGCUGGAGCUUACAGAGGGUUCUCAACUGAGUCGUUAGUCCCCAGACAUCAAGAUGUGGGGCUAUCUGAUCUUCCUCCAACCAUCACUGCUCUGAAGAACCCAACUUCAAAGAUCAUCUAUGACGAGCAUAAUCAUGAACGAUACCCGCCCGGAGAUCCCAGCAAGCGAGCUUUUGCCUAUUUCGUCCUAACCGGCGGACGAUUUGUGUACGCGUCGUUGCUUCGCCUAUUCAUCCUGAAAUUCGUGCUAAGCAUGUCUGCCAGUAAGGAUGUCCUUGCCUUAGCUUCUCUGGAAGUCGACCUCUCCAACAUCGAGCCGGGUUCAACAGUAACUGUGAAAUGGCGUGGAAAGCCGGUUUUCAUAAGACGUCGAACCGAGAACGAUAUCAAACUGGCUAACAGUGUAGAUGUGAAUUCCCUUCGGGAUCCCCAGGACGAUGCCGCCAGAGUAAAGAACCCCGAGUGGCUUAUUGUCGUUGGCGUCUGUACUCAUCUGGGCUGCAUUCCUUUGCCAAACGCCGGCGACUAUGGUGGAUGGUUCUGUCCUUGCCAUGGAUCACACUAUGAUGUUUCUGGUAGGAUUCGGAAGGGCCCAGCCCCUUACAAUCUGGAAGUCCCUACAUACUCUUUCAUGGAGGAUAACAAGUUGCUGAUUGGUUAAAGCAGCCUUGAUGCUGUGGCUGUGCAACUUAUGUUUCCUAAUAUGAUGAAGUAUGUUAAAAAAUAUACUCCACUGUAUGCUUUCAACCUGAUAAGAUCCCAUGGAUGCCAUGGCUUUCUCUUGUUUUUUUUUAUUGAUAAGCUGAUAUUGCUUCAGAUUUUAUGCUGUCAGGACAUGUUCAUUUAUGAGGAAUUCUAAAAAAAGAAAUUGAAUAUUCUGGUCCGUCAAGUUGGAGAAA